AUGGAUGGGAACUUCCUGCCCGGCGUGAAGCGUGGCGGUGUUCUGGUCCCCAACCUGCCGGCUGACCCGCUCUGGCUCUUAGUUAACAUUCAAAACGUUGGCAGCCGAAACCAAGGUCCCAUCCUCCCCAAAGAAAUUAGAGGUGGUAAUCUUUCAGAAAGCACUAACCUUCCUGGACCAUGUAAAUGUGAGGGAGGAGUAUUGGCCUGGUUCCUCGGCGGGCCCCCUUCGGUGUCCCGUCCCCGCACCACGCCACGGCUGCGGUCCAACUCGCGUCCAAUUUAUGUGUGGCUGACAGCCCACAAGUGA